GAAACAGAACGCUUAGUACAAGACAACGCCAGCAAGCAGUGGGUAGAAGAAAAUUGAUAAUUUUCCUCAAUAAACCGAGGAAAAUGACACGGCUUUGUAUCUGUGACAUGUGCAGCUGUGGCCGCCACCGUUGCACACACCAGCCCACAGCACUUUACAAGAAAGGCAGUCAGACUAAUGUGUUGUCAGAGUACUCUGAGAAGUAUCCUGCCUAUAAAGGGCACACGCGGCCCAAGAGCCUCAAGCCCCAGCUGCAGUAUAAAGCUCAUCAGGACACGAUGGAAGGAACAACCACCUUCAGGAUGGACUAUAUCCCGUAUAUGAUCACCCGUCGCCCUGAGAAGCCGCAGGCCGAGUACAAGCCCAAGCCUGGAGAGAUUGACUUAGGAACGACCUAUAAACAAGACUUCAACCCAUAUGAAGUGCAACCUUUUGUUCCUUCACGUCCUAAAGAGAGAGAUUAUACCACGAAUGCAAAACUGGACACUGUACCCACCUAUACAGAGGAUUUUCGUCAGUGGGAGAUCAGCAGACGGGAACUGACCAAGCCUGACACACCAUAUCAACCCCCUUCUGCAAAGUUUGGGAAUUCCACGACAUUCCAGGAUGAUUUCGUCCACCGAGGCCUCGUGCCACGAGAGAGCUACAAGCCCCCAAACAUAGCCAAGCUAUCCGAUACUCCUUUCGAAAACAUGACCAGCAACAAGCUCUCAUAUGUUCCACACGCUCUAGAAGCCCGGUACAUUAAACCGCCAAUAGAAUACAAACCCAGCAGCCAACCUUUCCAGGACCUCACCACCCAUCGACAAGACUAUCAAGGCCUGCCGAGUCAUCCAACCAAAAGCUGCAAGCCUGAGCUGCUCAAAGCGGCCACCAAUAAGCCCUUCCAGGGCAGCACGGAAUUCCGUGAGCGUUUCCAGCAGUGGCCCGUAUCCCCCCGGCAGAUACAGAAGUCGGUGGAGUACAUGAGUCCAACAGAGCACAUGGACCUGACUACCACCUCGCACACAGACUACAUCAAGCACCAAAUCCAGCCCUUCAUUUCCGCCAAACCCUUCUCACUUCCCACUAAGUCCUCCAGGCCCUUUCAGGGCAACACCACUAUGAGAGAUGACUUCCAGCCGUGGGUGGCGCAGCGUCAAAGCAUGAUCCGGAAACAAGAGGAAAUCCAGCGAGCCAGUGGGAAAAUGGAAGAUCUAACCACUUUCAGGGCCCAUUUCAUUCAGCAUGAGCCUCAGCCUAGUUUUAGCUUCAAGCCCCGAAAUGCACCGCUGCGGACCGACGUUCCCCUUCUGAACGAGACCAUGUACAGCACAGAGUUCACGCCCAAGAAGAUCACCAUGUGUCUGGCUGGUUUAGAGUAUCCACCAGGGUUUGUUUUUGAUAAUUGCGAUGAUCGAGGCCACCGCUUCUUCCGCAAGAUGACGUCGGCUGACAAGAUUGAGACGCCGAAGGAAAUGGUCUCGACAACUUAGGAAAGUCAUCAGGUUGUUUCUAUAAAAGGAAACAUACAAUAGCAUACAAUACGAUCUCUCUAAAUGAUUGUAGUCCUACAGGGAAUCGUACUGAAUUACGAUUAAAGGUCAGUGUGUUGAACCUUUCAUAAAACAUUGAUUAUGCAUAGUUAAAAAAAAUUAAUUAGGAUGAAACUGCAAGACAGUUUUGUAGGAUACAUGUAGUGAAAAUACUAUAAGUUGUCAAAUAAAUCAGUUUUUGACAAUACCAAUUAAUACGCUAGUUAAAAUAUUCUUUUCUUCAGCAAGAACACAUUAAAUUAUUCAGAAGUGACAGCAUAGAUAUUUAUAAUGUUACAAAGAAUGUCUAUUAAAAAAAAAUGCUGUUCUUUUGAAUAGUCUUAAAGAAAUGUAGAACUGUUUCCACAAAAAUAUGAAGCCGCAUGACAUUUUCAACAUUGAUAUCAAUCAGAAAUGUUUCUUGAUCAGCAAAUCAGCAAAAUCAGUAUGAUUUCUGAAGGAUCAUGUGACUCUGAAGACUGGAGGAAUGAUGCUAAAAAAAUUCAACUUUGAUUCACAGGAAGAAAUGAAAUUAAAAAAUAUAUUCAAAUAGAAAACAGUUUUUACUAUAUUUUUGAUCAAAUAAAUGCAGCUGUUUAAAUGACAGUGUAGUUAACACAUAAAACACGCUUUUAAACAUUACACAAUAAUUGAUUGUUUUAACCACAAUACAGAAUAAAGAUAUGUAAACUGAUUGGUAAAACUGUUUAUUGUAUUUGUAUCACAUAGACUGUUUGCAAUAUUGACACGAAUAGUACCAAAACUGGCGCUUCCUUAACAGACUCAUGUAGCGGCGCUUCUUCCAUAUACUCCACCAAUAAAAUGCAAUGGAUUAAAUUCAUGGAUAAAUUCAGUUAGUGGCUUAUGUACAACAUUUGUUGAUGUACUAAAAAUGCAUGCAUAAAGGCCAGUAGGAAACCAUUAUAUUAGAGAUAUGAAUUAUUCACUUCAAGUGCUAUAAGUACAUAGGUAUGUGUUGUGUUUAAUCUUAAAUAUGGAUUAUAAAGACAAACUAAACCAAGUAAGAAAAUAAAAUCAAGACUUUCUACACUCAAUGUACAAUAUUGCACUUAAAAACAUUAUAUACAAGACAUAUUUUACAAUGCAGCACACUGGUUGAACACAAAACUUACAUCUAAAAGACGGCUGGAGAAAUGUGACUUAUGGCACGUCAUUUCAAUCAGUCAACAGAUUUUUGUCAUACAUUCUACGUCCAUAUUAAAACAUCAGUAUUUUUAUCAAGUCAACAUGAGAACAAAUUGGACUCUUUCUACUUCCUUAAA